AUGGAAAUGGCACAACAGUGUCAAAAAGCUGUUGUUUGUGAAUACUGUGAGGAAAAUGUAGAUUUUUGGUGUACUUGUGGCAAAUACAUUUGUGAAAAAUGUCUAGGAAAGCAUAUCAAACAGAAUCCCAAACAUUCUGCUGCUCCAUACCAAGAGCGAUCAGCCGCGACGUCCUUAAUGUGUGAGAAACACAAUGCAGAAUUGUGCAAAUUAUUCUGCAAAGAGUGUUUUGAAUCCAUUUGCAUGAUAUGCUCACACACAGCACAUAGUGAUCAUGGUCUGAUAUCUAUGGAGGAUCACCUGGCUUUUCAAAGGAAUGCAAUGACAGAAGAGCUUCAAAAAAUUGAGAAACAAUUCAAAGCUAUGUACCUACAACUGUUGACAGAGAUUGACGAAAAACUUUCGAAUGCUCCUGCAAAGUACUCAAAUAUUCGAGCUAGCAUUGAUCAUGCAGGGAUGGCUUUGCAGAGGAAAAUUGAAGGGACGGUAUGCAAAUUAAAAAUGCAGGUAGAAACUAUGGAAAUGGAACACCUUGAUUCCCUCAGAGAAAACAAAUCAAGGAUACAGAAAGUCCUAGAAGACAUUGAGGGUGCUGAAUCUUUGAUACACGAGCAGAUGACAGAUGCCAAACAGUUAGCCGUAUUCCAGACAACGUCAUAUCCUUUCGAGCGUUGUCCCAAGUUGACAGAACUAAUAUUUCCCAGUUUCAGAGGGGGCAACAUAGAUUUUAACUGCCUCGAAUUCUUAGGAGAAUUGGUUCCAAUUGAAAAGGAAAAAAGUUCAGUUCGUGAAGAAGAAACUGAAAAACGAGAUGAAGAGGACAUAGGAAAAGGAAUCAAAGUGCUGAAAAAUUUAAGGAAUGAGAAUAGAAUAGAAACUGUUUACUCGUAUAUUUCCGAUUUGUCAUGCACAAAUGAUAACCACAUCCUUGUGUGCGGAACGUACAGAGUGAAAAAAAGCUACAAUAUUCGCAAGAUUGAUUUUGAGGGAAAAGAAAUUGAAACAAUUCCCGUUGAAUGCCAAGCGAAUUUCAUCACAGAAGGAUCCGAUGGAACUGUAUAUUAUACUACAAUUGAAAAUCAAGGUGUUAAGAAGAUACAAAAUGGAACCAACGAAACAAUUGUAAAGGACGACCAUUGGACACCGAAUGGUGUAGCUUGCAAGAGUUCUGGUGAUCUCAUCGUAGCCGAACAAAACAAAACACUCGCUAUGGGACGCUUACGCACUUAUUCUUCAAAUGGAAGAAUUAAGCAAACCAUUGCUUCCUGUGCCAAUUGCUCGGGAGAGAUUUUAAAAAAUCCCACGUUUGUUUGCGAAAAUAUAAACGGUGAUAUCUGUACAUCUGACGAGGGGAACCAGAGGGUGGCAGUGUUUUUGUCUGCAGGAGGUCUAAGAUUUCUGUACGGAGGGAAAAGCAAUACGAAAAACUUUCAGUCUUUUAAUCCCCGUGGUCUAGCUACAGACUGCCUUGGGAACAUUCUGAUUGCUGAUUAUUUCAACCACACUGUUCAUAUGAUGAACUGUGAAGGACGAUUCUUACAGUACAUCUCGACAAACAAAAUUAACUUUCCGUACGCAUUGUCGAUUGUUAACGGAAACAGACUCUUGGUAGGACGAUACAUAGACGCCAUAAUAGAAGUUGUGGGGUAUUUAAAAUCCACCUAG